CUUUAUCCUCUCUACUCUCUUCCACACUCUUCGCCUUUCUCCGUUCUUCUCUCUCCUACCUGCCUCCCACUUCCUCUAAUUUCCUUUCGUUCUUCCCACCUGCGCCUCCCCCUCUCUCUACUCUCCCUUACUCUCACCACGCACGCUCAGUUAUUUCUCAUUGUCUCUCAAUCUUUCAGACGGGUCUUGUGUAUGUAUAUGUGUGUAUGUGCGUGUGUAUGUCUAACCACACACACACACACAGGCACACACACGCACGCGCACGCACACACACACAUAAACGCAUAUACCUACACACACAAAUACAUACAAAGACACGCGCGCGCUCGUACGCACGCUCACCCACAACCAUAUAUACACAGCCUUCACAACAGCUACUCCUGCUACUACCACCACCACCACCACCACCACCACUACUACUACUACUACUACUACUACUACUACUACUACUACUGCUGCUGCUACUGAUGACCAGGUUGAAAGCGGAGCACUUUGCAGAGACAAGACAUCGUCACAUAAAGCAAAAUACUGGGUUCCCUUCUUUGGAGAAUGCACCAAAGGUUUCAGGGUUUUAUGUCGCAGACCAGCAGCUGUGGAAAUAUUUGUGAGAAUGUGUCACUAAUGUUGGGGCAUGUUUGGGGGUUCAAAGCCCAAGUAUGACCAGAAGCUGCACUCAAGAAGAAGAAUGUGGGAUGCAAGAAAGAGGAAGAAGAAAAACAAAAAGAAACGUUGAAGAAAAGAAAGGGUAACAGUUUUACUGUGGAGACUUUCACCAUCGACUUGAUGUGAAGCUGGUUUUGUUACAUUGUUAAUAGCAACACACUGAUGUAUCUGAUAGUCUAAUGUAGUGCGUGUGUGUGUGUGUGUGUGUGUGCCACCAUAAACAGACUGUAUAACAGCUCCUACUUUACAGCAACCUGCAACAAUCUUCUCCCUAAACAUUGUCAUAUUGGAUUACUUAAAUUUGUGUUCCUGCUGUUAAAUAGCUCUGGUGGCCGACCAGUCACUGGUCAACCGUAUUGUGACUGGAUAGUAUUGACGACAACUUAGCUCUGACUGAAGUAUACUAGUCAACAGGUGUGUGGCCAAUGUACUUCAGCCAUUGGAAUACUGACUGGUGAGAGAAAAAAAAAAACCCUUGGUCAAAAUAGGCACUGACCAAAGUUAAUUAAUUAAUCAGUGUAACCUGGUGAUUGGAUCUUCAACAUAAUUAAUUAUUUUAAUUCAUUAUUAAACUGGUAAUGUGAACCGUGGCACAGUGAAGAUAAAAAUAUCGUUAUAAAGAGUGGCAGACUCAAUAAAUAUGAUUAGAAGCAGAAUCAACAUAAACAGUGGCAGAACCAACAUGAUCAGGGACAUUAUCAACAGUGGCAGAACUAAUAUAAAAAGUGGCAGAAUCGUAAUAAAAAGUGACAAUACCGCCAUAAAUACAGGCUGUGAGAGAAUGAGUAUAUAACAGUGGCAGAAAUUAAAAAAAACAGCAGUGGUAGAUAAUAAUAUUGAUAUUAAGAACAACAGUAAAUGACUAAAGCAUAAAGAAUCAUUUGAUUGAUAUUAAGAACAACAGUAAUGACUAAAGCAUAAAGAAUCAUUUGAUUGGUGAUAAAGCAAGAAGAGAGAGACAGACGAUAAUAAAUGAUAUGUGAUUUAAAAAAUAAACCACAGGCCCUACCUGAUAUUGUUUACCUGUGGCUUCUAUAAAUUGGUUGUGUAGGGUUACGGAAGACAGAGAAACUGGUAUAAACAGUGACCAACGGUCAACACUUUACAACGUGCACUGCAACCACAACAAGUAGGUAACAAGUUGUUAAAAGGAACCCCAACAGUUAACAAACUGUACAACAGUAAACAGCAGAACAACAGUUAACAAACUCUACAACAGUAAACCGUUAACAAACUGUACAACAGUAAACAGCAGAACAACAGUUAACAAAUUGUACAACAGUGAACAGUAGGGCAACAGUUAACAAACAACAACAGUGAACAGUAGAACAACAGUUAACAAACUGUACAACAGUAAACAGUAGAACAACAGUUAACAAACUGUACAGCAGUAAACAGUUGAACAACAGUGAACAAGCUGUAAAGUUACAACAAAAGCAAUUGCAAUCACUCAGAAAAAUAUUUAAAUGACAAAUAAACCAUUUACGCCAACAGCAGCUACAACAACAACAACAACAACUAGGCCAUUUACAACAACAGCAAUUGUAAUAUUUCUUAUCUAUAAUGACUUUAACGGAUCCAACUAAUUGUGCAGUUAGAACCAGAAAUAAACCCAACGGCGGCAGCAGCAGUGCAGUAGCUGCUGCUGUUGCAACUUGCAAGCUCCCCCAGCAACAGUGCAGUUGUUGUAUUAAUAUAUUUACACCAAGUUUCUUCUGCUGCCAGUCUACCCAACACUAACCAUGUAUCCAGGUCAGCCCACCUUCCCCACCCUUGAAAAUACCCAGUGUACAAUAUACGGGCAGCCUAUCUACCAGAUAAACCAGUUGAAAAUACCCGAACGAAGCCCUGUCAAUGAAGGGGGCUACUUCCCCAAUCUUCUUUGGAAAGAACAGUACCAAGGUCUUGGGAUCUCUAACAAUGUCCAAAACCUCACUCCGAACCGAGUGUCGGUCCCUUCUGCGACCCCUUCCCCCAGCCCCAGCUAUAAAAAUAGCACCAAUACAAUCAGAUUUGCCAGUUCUGAGAGCAGCAAUGUUACUACAGACAGGAAUCUGCGUAUUCCUGAUGUCUCUAGGAAAAGUGUUUACCAAGGAACUACCGGUUCUGAUUCUUCGCGAAUGCACAAUGAAGGGGAACCGAAAAACUAUCGAGUUCUCAACAUACCAGGUAAAAGCUUUUCUUCCCCAGAGCCAGUCUCGAAUAACCGCAUGGACGCUUCUACAAAGACACAAAAAGGGGACUUCCCAUGUAAAUAUUGCGGGAAGGUCUUCUCUUGUGAAUUCUUUCUGAAGAUUCAUACUCGCAUUCAUUUAGAAGACGCAUCCUCUCCACCUCCGCCACACCCCAAUCAUACCUCUCCCACCAACAUUAGCAACAACAACAACAACAACAACAAUAACAACAACAGCAACAAUCAUCUUCAUCACAACAAUAACAACAGUCACAAUAACACCAUUAAUAACAACAGUCAUAUGAAUAAUAAUAACAACAACAACAACAGUCACAACAACCACAGUAACACCAACAACCACAAUAAUAAUAAUAAUAAUAAUAACAACAACAACAAUAAUAAUUUUUCUAGUAAUCAAAUUGGAGGUGGCAAGAGCGAUUCUUGUUUCCAGGCCCCCUCCCCCGUCAAACCCCUUCAUAUGACUCCGCACUUUAACACUGGGAACAUCAAUUCUUCUGGAUCUGCUGUUGACAAACCGUUCCGUUGUAGUAUUUGCUCAAAGACAUUCAGUCAUCUAACUAAUCUAAAACUUCAUCUUCGCACACAUUCGGGUGAGAAACCAUUUAGCUGUGAUGAAUGCGGAAAAUCCUUCGCUCAGAAGAGCAGUCUCAAAGAUCAUCGGCGUCUUCAUACUGGAGAUUUAUUUUAUUGCAGUUAUUGCAAAAAACCAUUUGCAAACCGCUUCUUUCUUCAGAACCAUGAACGUAGCCAUACAGGAGAAAAGCCUUUUAAAUGUGAUUUCUGUGGUAAAGCAUUCGGUCAACGAACGAAUCUUAAAACCCACCUCAGGACUCACACAGGUGAGAAACCAUUUCAAUGUGAUCUGUGUGACAAAUCUUUUGCGCAGUUGAAUUGUCUAAAUGACCACAGACGGCUUCACACAGGAGAUACGUAUGUGUGUGGUAUUUGCAAAAGAGAAUUCUCCAACCAAUUCUUCUUGAAAAGUCACGAACAAACCCACAAGUCAGGAGAGAUCUUCAAAUGUACAAUCUGUGGAAAGACAUUUUCCAACAAGUUCUUUUUGAAAAAUCAUUCCAGAAUCCAUAGUGGGGAAAAGCCAUAUGCUUGUGAAUUCUGCGAUAAGAAAUUCUCGCAAAACGGGAAUUUAAAGACACACCUUAGAAUUCACACAGGAGAGAAGCCAUUUAUCUGUGACAUUUGUGGUAAGGCAUUUGCACAAAGAAACUGUCUGAAUGAUCAUAAGAAUCUACAUACAGGUGAGACAUUCAAGUGUGAAUUGUGCAGCAAAAGCUUCUCCAACCAGUUUUUCCUAAAAAGCCAUGAACAGAUCCAUACUGGCGAGACUUUUAACUGCAACAUAUGUGGCAAAAACUUUUCAAACAAAUUCUUUCUGAAAAACCAUUCAAGAAUUCAUUCAGGUGAGAAACCAUUUAAAUGUGAUAUUUGCGACAAGCAGUUUUCGCAGAGAGGCAAUUUGAAAAUUCAUUUGAGGAUCCAUACAGGGGAGAAACCGUUCGUAUGUAAUAUUUGCGGGAAAGGAUUUGCGCAAAGAAAUUGCCUUAAUGACCACAAAAGGGUCCACACGGGCAACAUGUAUUACUGCUCCAUUUGUCAUAAAGAGUUUUCUAACGAAUUUUUUCUCAAAAGUCAUCAGCAAGUCCAUAAGAAUACAGAUGAAGUUUACACAUGCUCAAUUUGUGACAAAACAUUUAACAACAGGUUCUUCUUGAAGAACCACGAAAUAUCCCAUUCUGGUGAGAAACCAUUUACCUGUGAAAUUUGUGACAAGUCCUUCUCUCACCGGACAAACCUAAAAACACAUUUACGAAUUCACACGGGGGAGAAACCCUUUCAGUGUGACAUCUGUGAUAAAGCUUUUACACAGAAAAAUACCCUGAACGACCACAAGCGGAUCCACACGGGGCAGCUGUUCUAUUGCCCCGUUUGUAAUAAAGGGUUUUCCAAUCGCUUUUUCCUGAAAAGCCAUGAACUGAGUCAUUCAGACCAAAAGUCCUACGAAUGUGAAUUCUGCCAAAAACGUUUUACACUGUCAGGUAACUUAAAAAUGCACUUAAAAACCCACACUGGAGAGAAAGAUUAUAUCUGCGACAUUUGUGGAAAGGCAUUCGCGCAGAAGAAUUGCCUAAACGACCACAAAAGAGUACACACGGGCGACUUGUUUUAUUGCAGCUAUUGUAAGAGGUCUUUUGCGAACCAGUUUUUCCUUCGGAAUCACGAGCGCACGCACACGGGGGAGAAACCAUUCCAGUGCAGUUUUUGUGAUAAAGCUUUUGCUCAGCGCGGCAACCUAAAGACACACCUACGCAAACACACAGGUGAGAAACCAUUUCAUUGUGAUAUAUGUGGGAAGUCCUAUUCUCAGAAGAACUGUCUAAAUGAUCAUAUGCGUAUGCACACGGGAGAAUUGCUCUUGUGCCGCUUUUGUGGCAAAGAGUUUUCAAACCGCUUCUUUCACCGUAACCACGAGCGUCUUCACACUGGAGAGAUCCCAUAUCAUUGCGAGCUGUGCGGAGAAGUGUUCUCGCACAGCUCUGCGCUGAAAGCCCAUACCAAAACACACACAGAAAUAGGUAAGAAACAGGUAUUCUACUGUGACGGUUGUAACAAAUAUUUUACAGACCGGAACAACUUUACGAAACACAACUGUUUUCAGACGAACCAUUCUGAGUUGUCGAAACAUCAGCCUUCCAUUAAGUCCCCAAUUACAAACAUCAGAACUAACAACAACAACAACAACAACAACAGCAUCAACACCAACAUCAACACCACCCCCACUCCACCCCCCUCUAACAACAACAACAACAACAGUAUCUACAACACUAACAACACCACCACCAACAACAACCUCAAUAGCAUUAAACCAAAUUCUACAUCUAUUCAGGAACCAACUACAGAUAUGUCAAAAGGGCCGUGUCGAACAGACUCAAACUCUUCGGCUUCUAUCAAAUCCGACUCCAGCAAAGACUCGUUGACUCCAAUAAUAGUCCCCUCGCCUGCUCCCCCCACAUUCUUACACGAAAUGCCCCCCAGUUGGGAGAACAACUACAUUUGGCUGAGAGAGUUCCCUCUGCCUCCCAUGUUAAGUUCUGGCUGGACUAACGUACCCAACACAAUGAAUUACGACUGGAACAAAAACAAUAAACAAGAAGAUGAAGAAAGCGCUCAGCAAAGUGCAAAUUCUUCACCAAAAAGCCACUAAAGACAAAAAAAAAGUGGAGUUUUUUUUUUUUUUGCAAUUUUUUUUUUUCAUGUGUGCAUGUUUGUAAAUAUAUGUAUGUGUGUGUGAGUGUGUGUGUGUGUGUAUGUGUCCUCCAUUUGUUAUAUUUCAUGUGUGGAAUCUGCUAUUGAAAUUAGAAGUCAAUUUUUCUGACAAUCAGUGUACGAGUUUCACUGUUAGCUUGCUUUGGUUACUAGACUUUUCUGUUCAUUGUGUCCACAUCGUUGCUGAACAUAAGCGUUCACCAAACAUGUGCGUUCAGUUUUAGCCGGGGGUGUUGAAUGCGUGUUCACUGCUUUAAUGAGAUUUUUAAACCCAUACGUUCACCGUUUCAACAGUGAACGUAUGUGUGUUCACUGUUUUUAACAGGUUUGUUGGACAUUUGUGUUUACUGUGACAAACAGCAGCAAUAUCUUCUACAUAACCUCAUGUCAAGAUAUUAUAAAUUCAUUUCAUUCACAUAUAAAUGUGUGUGUGUGUGUGUGUGUGUGUAGAAUAUAUAUGCAUUUAGAUAUGUAUGUGUUUGUGUAUGUAAUUUGUGUACGAAUACUUACUCAGAUCAACAAAUGUUGACCAUACAUACACAAACACCCAAACACACACACACAGACACACACACACACACACACACACACACACACACAUUCUGAUACUGUUGUAAAUACUUAAAUACAUAUAUAU